AUGUCCUAUACGUACCAGCCAAGUGAUGGCGCGUCGCCGGACGACUUCUGGGGCCCAAAGUUCCUCUCCAAUAGAGACAUCACUGGCCAGGCUCCCAUCGACAAAGCGGUCUUCCCCGGCAUAUAUCUCACCAAGGCCUGCUUCUCGGAUGGCACCUACAAUGGAGACUCGUUCCAGACAUGCUUCUCGAAUCUACUGGCAAUAGGCUUCAGAAGAUUCGUAAUUGAUCUGUACUGGAGCGUUGGGAGUCAACAAUUCCAGUUAUGUCCGGCUUCGAUACCUCAGGUCGCAAACGACACGAGUGAGGAUGCUGUCACGAAUUCCUCUCAGCGCUCUCCACAGCUGCUGCGGAGGUUCGAGUUGGGUCUGGACCGCCGGCAAACUGAAACGAUCAGUGACAACUCGACUUCGGCAUCGACUGCAUCCGAGGAUGUCUCGACCUCCGAUAUCCCGACCUCAACUUCAUCUACCGAGUCUGCGCAGCCGACUGUCAGUGAAGACGACGACGGCAUGGUGGUGCUAGGUCCCUAUCGAUGCACCGAUGGUCUUACGGUGGAAGCUAUUGUGGACGUGAUGCAUCAAUACAUCGACGACAGCUCCGACCCGCAAGCCGCCACGUUGCAGAUCUUGGAAUUCAACCUGAACAGCGCUUCUUCCGCUAGCGAUCCGGGUGGCCCACCACAGAAUGUAACAUCUGAAGAAUUGCCAGGAGACACAGCAUCUGUCGGCUACACGUUCUGGAAAGAUCUUGGUUCUCAGAUCUACCGUCCUGGAGACCUCAUCUCUGACCGCUCGAACCUCAAUCUGUCGUGGUAUCAGGUGAAGAGCGCUGAUCGUCUGCCCAUGACAGGCUACUACAACAUCGAGAAGGCUGCAGACGGAGUUGUGUCGACAGAUGAUGGCUGGCCAAGCGAAUUGUACCUGCUUUUGAACUCUCUUCAACGUGUCCUACUAGUUUGGGGUACAAUAGGGUCCGAGAUGGAUGCCUACGAUCUCGAGGGUGAUGCAUCCUAUGUGUUUCCCCAAGGUUCCCUCUCAGCUCCUCGAAAGAUAAAACAAUCCGACACUGGAGAAAUCACGUCAGGUUGCUUCUACAGUGACGAUACCACAAGUGUGUCGCGGGUCAACAAUACCUGGGCGAUGGCAACAAUAGAUCAGAGCAGUACGGCCCUCCAGUCGGCCUUUCCACGUAAUAUGACUUCGUGCGGAAUUGAACCUAUUCUCAACACGACCUUGGACGACACCAGCGCAGAAGACGAUUAUAAUCCGUACAGAGCAUUCACUGAGUCGAUUGUCCUCGGUUGGGCGCCCGGUGAGCCAGUGAAUACGUCCUCCCCAGGCGUUAGUGAUGACGAAGACAAUGAUCAAUUUCGAUGCGUUGUCAUGGACUCCUCCGACGCCUACCGCGGGUCGUGGAAGGUGGUCAACUGCCAAGGCAACUACCGUGCAGCAUGCCGUGUAGACGGAGAACCCUUCAGAUGGCGCCUCUCGAACGAUGAGAUAAUAUACAGCGGUGCUCCAGAAGCUUGUCCCGAAGGCAGCAGCUUCGACGUCCCUGUGACGCAACUGGAAAACAGGUUUCUACACGAGCAUGUUCUGAAUGAGACUUCCAGGCGGCGAAUCUCAGACAUUAUCUGGAUCAACCUGAACUCUUUAUCAUCCGAUAAUUGCUGGGUCACGACUGGACCAAAUGGUGAUUGCAGAUAUCAAGCCACCGCAGAUGAGGAGCGCAAUAGAAACGUCUUGAUUCCGACAAUUGGGGCUCUGAUCAUUCUUAUACUUACUGUGCUGACCAUUUUGGUCAAGUGCAAUGUCAAUCGGCGCAACAACCGCAAGCAUCGCAUUGGACCCGGUGGAUGGGAAUACGAAGGUGUCCCGUCGUGA